AUGACUCGUGAAAAAGUGCGUGAAAAGGAAAAGAGAGAGCCCACUCAAUCAGAAAUGUUUGUUGAAACUCGAAAAGGAAAUAAAGGAAAGGAACUGGAUGUAGAAACUGGAAAAUCCCAACUUCAAGAAAUGGUUGAAAAGGAGAAAAGUGACACAAAAGCAUUUAAAGCUGUUUUUGGAAAGGAGUGUCCUGGCAGGGUACGCUGUUAUGGGAGAAACGUAACUAAAACUUCCUUAAAGCGAAAGGCGGAGAUUAAUGCUUUGAAACAAGCACACAGUGAAGAGGUCUCUACAUUAAGGCACGAGUUUCAAGAUCAGAUUGAUAGAUUGCAAAAUGCUUUUAAGACCGUAAUACAACAAUGCAAUCCUCAAAUUAAUAUGGAGUCAAUCGAAGAUUUGUUAGGAUUAUCUCAUGGAGAUGCUAACAGUUCUCCAAAGGAUAUGACACAACAAUUGCAUUCCUCUACAUCAACUCAUGCUCCAUGUCAUGGAAAGCAAGGUAUAAAUGAAGAUGUUGAAAAUGACGAUAUCAAUGAUGAAAUUCAAGAGGACGACAUAGAUAAUGAAAUUCAAGAGGACGACAUAGAUCUAGAUGAUGGAUUUCAAGAGGACGUUGUAGGUGACGAAUUUCAAGAGGACGACAUAGAUCUAGAUGAUGAAUUUCAAGAGGAUGACAUAGAUAUAGAUGGUGAAUUUCUAGAGGACGAUAUAGAUGGUGAAUUUCAAGAGGAAGACGUAGAUGAAGAAUUUCUGGAAGACGACAUGUGUGAUGAAUUUCAAAAGGGUGUGGAUGAUGAAUUCUAA